AUGUGCGUGGAGCGGAUCUUCAAACGAGUUACAAGUGAUAUGAUGGUGACGAUGUCUGUAUUUGAAAUCUAUCAGGAGAAGGUUCGAGAUCUCCUCGCUCAAAGUGCGCCUGGGCAUCAGCUAGUAUUCCUCCUUAAGUGGAGAUGGAUCUUUUUUGAACUUUUUUCUGCCGGAAAAUCUGANNNNAUAGAGACGGGGGUUUCCGAGAUUUGA